UGUGCUUUGGUUUCCCCGGUGCAGACAGAUUGCAGCUCCCUGUGCUCCUGCUCAGGACCACUCGGCGAUGCGGCGAUGCGCUCUCCCUGACCUAAUUUGGGAGCCCACAGGAAACGCUGACCCCAAAAGCUGCUCCAGCCUCAACGUGUCUGAAACGCCUCUGGCUCCUGUGUCUCUGCCGCUGCGGACGGAGGAUCCAUUGCUGGGGUGAGGAUGGCCAUUGGCAAUGUACAAAAUGGGUUUGCGGAGAGAAGCUGGAUUGAGGUGUUUCCAGCAGCUGGAGCAGCAGCUUCGUGAGGAUUGCAAGCUAGAGAGAGAUGAAAUUGCAGGUGUUUAGGGAACCCAAUGGCACCUGGUCCCCAGGAGACAGAGAGAGCAGGAGCCCUCGCUAGAACCGCUGUUCCCCAUCCCCACGCAGACACGCCCCGGGUGCUCUAAGAGCCAGAGGCCGAUUCCAGCCGGGCGCCCCUGGCGCGGAGCAGGUAAAUGCGGACGCCCAGGUUCUGAAUCAUGCUGGAUCCAAGACAGCGUUCAGCGAGCCCAACCCCUUCACCGAGAUAGCCAUGAACAGCUGCAAGUACAAUGGAGGCGUGGUCCGACCCCUGAGCAGCCUGAGCGCCUCCCAGCGCAACCUCCAUGAACUGGGAGCCGAGACCCAGCCCCUGCAGACCCUCCACAGCUCGGGCCUGGAGGUGGUGGUCUCCAAAACCGAGCAGGCCAAGGAUACGAGCUUGCAGGCGGAAGAGGCGGCAGCGGCGGCGCGCUCCCGGAGCCAGAAGAAGAACCAGAACGUCGGGUACCGGCUGGGCCACCGGCGGGCGCUCUUCGAGAAGCGCAAACGCCUGAGCGACUACGCCUUGAUCUUCGGGAUGUUCGGCAUCGUCGUCAUGGUGACGGAGACGGAGCUCUCCUGGGGCGUCUACACCAAGGAAUCUUCAUAUUCAUUUGCACUGAAAUGCCUUAUCAGCCUUUCAACCAUGAUACUUCUGGGCCUCAUCAUCAUGUACCAUGCCAGAGAAAUCCAGCUCUUCAUGGUGGACAACGGGGCGGACGACUGGAGAAUAGCCAUGACCUACAAGCGGAUCUUUUUCAUCAGCCUGGAGCUGAUUGUGUGCGCCAUCCACCCCAUCCCAGGCCAGUACCUCUUCACCUGGACGGCCCGGCUGGCCUUCACCUACACCACCUCGGUGGCCGACGCCGACGUAGACAUCAUCCUCUCCAUCCCCAUGUUCCUGCGGCUCUACCUGAUCGGGCGCGUCAUGCUGCUGCACAGCAAACUCUUCACCGACGCCUCCUCCCGCAGCAUCGGCGCCCUCAACAAGAUCAACUUCAACACCCGCUUCAUCAUGAAAACCCUCAUGACCAUCUGCCCCGGCACCGUGCUGCUGGUCUUCAGCAUCUCCUCCUGGAUCAUUGCCGCCUGGACGGUCCGCGUGUGCGAGAGGUAUCACGACAAACAGGAAGUGACCAGCAAUUUCCUGGGAGCGAUGUGGUUAAUUUCAAUCACGUUUCUCUCCAUCGGCUACGGCGACAUGGUGCCGCACACCUAUUGCGGGAAAGGGGUGUGCCUGCUCACUGGAAUCAUGGGCGCCGGGUGUACGGCCCUGGUUGUUGCUGUGGUGGCCCGGAAGCUGGAACUCACCAAAGCUGAAAAGCACGUGCACAAUUUUAUGAUGGACACACAGUUAACGAAGCGGGUGAAAAAUGCUGCUGCCAACGUACUCAGGGAAACUUGGCUCAUCUACAAAUACACCAAGCUGGUGAAGAAGAUUGACCAUGCCAAAGUUCGGAAACACCAGCGUAAGUUCCUCCAAGCCAUCCAUCAAUUGAGGAGUGUGAAAAUGGAGCAACGGAAACUGAAUGACCAGGCAAACACCCUGGUGGAUUUGGCAAAGACCCAGAACGUCAUGUACGACAUGAUCUCCGAGCUCCAAGAGCGCAACGAGGACCUGGAGAAACGCAUCAACACCCUGGAGAGCAAGAUCGACUCGCUGGGGCUCAGCCUGCAUGCCCUGCCGGGACUCAUCAGCCAAGCCAUAAGCCAGCAGCAGCGAGAGCUGGCCAAGCGCUGCGCCCCCAGGUUCUGCCCCGUCUCCAACAGCUCAGAGAGGUCCUCGUGGACGCCCACGCGCCGGCGGAAGUCUCCUUCCACCGCUCCCCACACCUCGUCGGACAGCGGGUGACACCAGGGGGCGGGCCCGGCGCUCAGGCCCGUUUAUGUCUGGCCAUUGUGUGGCUGAUUCUGUUUGCUUUGUUCUGUAAAGCCCUGUACAGUUAAACUCCUGGAGUUCAUCGUGCUGGAGUGAAGUUAGAGCUGCCGUCUGGGCCUAGGUGGGAGUCAGGGCUGCCUUUAGCGCGGGGAGGAGGGGGGCAGGGAAUCCGAAGCGGUGCCCGGUGCCGCAGUGCUCAUGGGUGGAGGCAGGGCACCGCUCUAGGUCGUCAUGACAAUGGGCCGUACAGAAGCAGCGUGGUUUAGUGGUUAGGGCACAGGGCUGGGAGGCAGGACUCCUGGGUUCUUUAGGAAGCUUUGGGAAGUGGGGGAGGGGUCGAGUGGUGGCAGGAAGGGGAUCUGGGAACCAGAACACCUGGGUUCUGUUGGGAGCCAGGAAUCCUGGGGUCUAGUUCUGGCUCUGGGAAAGCAGUGGAGAUCUAGUGGUUAGAGCUGGAGGGGCAGCGAGCCAGGACUCCCAGCUUCUCUCCCCGAGUCUAGAAAGGGGGUGUUGUCUCAUGGUUAGAGCAGGGCAGGGACUAGGGAUCAGGACUUCAGGGUUCUAUGCCUGGCUCUUCCACUAGGUAACCUCAGCUUAGUCACUUCACCACUCUGUGCCUCAAUUUCCCCAUCUGUAAAAUGGGGGAUAACGAUACUGACCGUUGUAAAGUGCUGUGAGAUUCCUGGCUGCAAUAUUAAGCCAAUACAGACUGUGAACAGGGCAGGCGCAGCCGAUCCUGCCCGGCCCGAAGAGCUUGGCUGAUGAUGGCUCCUGACCACAGCGCCACACGGCAGCCGGGACCCAGGAUGGGUCUGAAUCCGGCUGCGGAUUGUGGAAGGAACUCGGUGUAGUGAACGCUGGGUGGCAGAGCAAUGCCUUGGCAUUCCAGGGAGGGGGGAAGUGAGCAGAGUGGGAUUUCACUCGGAGCUGCCUGCCCCAUGAGCCCUUAGAGCUCUGCCCUGGGGAGGGAGGGAUGGGCACAGGGGGCUGGCUCCCCCCCUUGAAUGAUGUUAAAAGCUAAACAUGAACUACACCCCUGGCAUCAAUCUUCCGGGUGAGCCACUGAGGUUUUCUAUCAUCACAAAUGGCAAGGGAGUGUCUGC